UAAGCAACGAGUUACAGUCAGUAGAAGAUUCCAUCUUUAUUAUAUUAGCGUACAUUUUGCCACUGAUUCGACACGUUGUGCGGACUGAGAAACAAAGAUUUCCUUCAUUUAAUUCGGGUGAUAUUUUAGGGUUAGGGCUGAGAAUACAGAAAAUCGGAGGCAAUGGCAGGUGAAUUGAGCAUGUUCAAGUAUGUGAAGCCAAGACUUCGUCCCCAUACUACCGAUGUCCAAGCCGCCGCCGCGUGGGGCGUCGCCGCCUUUACCGGUGCCCUUUGGCUCGUCCAGCCGUUUGAUUGGAUUAGGAAGACCUUUAUUGAGAAGCCAGAGCCUGAAGCUAAGUGAGGAAGGGAAUUGAACAUUCUGGUAAAACUUUUCGGUUUAUGUUAUGUGGAUUGAGCUUUGUUUUGAUGAAACUACCAAGUGGAGGAGUUUAUGCAAAUAAUCAUGUACUUUCGUACCCUUGAUCAUCGUUAAUUACACGCAAAGGCCUUUCUUUGCAUUAUCUUACCAAUUCCAGGGUCUUUGUUUGUGCAUUCUUGCAGUUUCCUUUCUUCUUAACUGUGUUUUGUUUGGCAUGUGAAUGUGAUCUCUGACCUUCUAGAAACAAAUAACCAUGUAAAAUUCCACACAUUAUGUAAAUGAAACAAGCCGUUUCUUGUCCAUUCCACUUGCAGAUAAAUUACUGUCUGACAAGUUUGCAAAACUUAUUUAUUCUUUUCUGAUUUUAACGGAGUUACUUUUGCAUACAUGUUAGACAAUGAUUUGCAUUUUUAAAGAAAAUAGCACAUUUAUGUGUUAGAUAGUGAUUUGAAGCUGAAGAGAAAUGACUCCUUAAUAGCUUUCUGUCGAAAUUUGGGAGUUCGUAAAUGUCCUUUGCAGAUUAAAGCUUAUGAGUCGUGCUCUCCUAAGGUCCUCAUUUUGAGGACCUGUAAGGACCAAAUGCAUAUUAGUGAAAAAUUAUAUUAGUUUGGAUCCAGUGGUUUAAAAUAUUUAACACUUAAUAAAGUAAAACAAAAAAAAUGAGUUUUCUAAUGGUAGAUAAAUUUUUUAUUUGUUUUGCUUUAUUAAGUUGUCAAAUAUUUGAAGCUUUUUGAAUUUAAACUAUUAUAAUCUUGUGGUUACUAUGCAUUUGGUUCUCAGGUUUUCAAAAUGAGAACUUUAGGAGAGCAAGCAGGACUGUAAACUUUAAGAAGUGAUUUUCGCACUUUUUUUUUUUCUGCAUUUCCCCUCCUUUCUCUAAUCUUUGGAUUGAACAAAGAAAAAUCAGGGACAGAAAUAAAGAGAGAAGUACAAGGGGAAUGUUGAAGCGACUCUCAUGCAAUAUUUUUGUAUUUGGGUCAUGGAUUGGAGACCAAAGCCCAUCAUCCCUUAUAAGAUGCCCCAUUUGCCUUCAAUUCCAAAAUGGGUACCCGACCCAGCUGGGAUAGGCUAAUUUUUUUAUUUAAUUUUAAAUAAAAUAAAAGGAAAAAGUGCAUCUAUGUAUUCCAUCCUAUUCUAAUUUUAGGUUUCGGUAGUGGGUAGGUAGACUCGAGAAGGCCAAACUCCAAAACAAACGUAAGAAAUAGGACGCAAACAGAAAAACCGAACCCUAAAACACACGCGGCACAACAUCGGCCGUCCGAUCUCCAGAUCACAGUAUGAUAUAGUCUAAACGUUUGUUCGCCUCUCCGAAACAGACCAGGACAUUUUGCCGGAAGCAAAAUAGAGGGGAGGACUUUCGACAGUCCCAAUCUCUCUCUCUCUCUCUCUCUUUCUCUCCCCUCUCUCUCUAGGUUUCUUACUCCCCCCGUCGAUUUGGUUUCUAGGUUGUCUGGGUUUCUUUCCCUUCGAUUCACUGAUCAAAGGGUGGAUUUGUUAGUUAAUUUAGAAGAAAAAUUGGAAUUGGGGGAGAUGGAGAAGGAGCUUCUGGAGUUGUUCGACGCCGUGAAGAAAACGGCGGACGACGCCACAUCUUGCGACGGAGGAGCCGAGGAAAGCCAAUGCCUUGAGGCCUUCGAGCAGCUCAGGAAUUUUCCCGUCACUCAUCAAAUCCUCGUCUCAACCCAAGUUGGGAAGCGUCUUCGACAUCUCACAAAACAUCCUAGAAAGAAAAUCCAGUCUGUUGCUUCUGGCCUGUUGGAGAAAUGGAAAGAGAUUGUUAUGACUGAGGUAGAAAAAACUGCGAAAAAUGUGAACUUGGAGAGAAUAGACUCUCUAAAACGUGAUUCUCCACGUGCCGGCAGCCCCAGGCCUGAGAAGGUUCAGAAGACAUCUGCUGUGAAGGUUGAGAAGGUUUCCAAGGCUGAACCUGUUGAGGUUAAGAAGGUUGAUCGUGAUGUCAAACCAAGAUCUGAGAAUGCUUAUGGUUCCGGAACUGUCAAAACAGAAGGGAAGGUUCCAAAUCUUAAUCCUGUCAAGACUGAGAAAUCUGCUUCAGCAGAGACUGUUAAGGUUGAAAAGGUAGCCAAAGAAGUGAAGAAACCAGCACUCAACUCCUCUGGUCCUCCAAAGUUAACCUCUAUGAUUAAGUGUAAUGAUACAGCUCGGGACAAAGUAAGGGUGCUGCUGCAGGAGGCCUUGUCAAAGGUUGCUGCGGAGGGUGAUGAAAGGUUUGCCGAUGAGGUGAAUGCAGCUGAUCCUAUUCGAGUUGCUGUCACUGUGGAAUCUGUGCUCUUUGAGAAUUGGGGUGGUUCCACUGGCUCUCAGAAGGCUAAGUAUCGAUCUUUGAUUUUCAACCUGAAGGACCAAAAGAACCUCGAUUUCCGGAGAAAAGUUUUGCUUGGACAUAUCAAGGCGGAGAGGCUCGUGAACCUGUCAACAGCGGAAAUGGCAAGUGAUCAGAGGCAAGAGGAGACCAAGAAGCUUGAAGAAAAAGCAUUGUUUGAGUGCGAGCGUGGAGGUGCACCAAAAGCCACAACCGAUCAAUUCAAAUGUGGUCGGUGUGGGCAGCGCAAGACCACCUACUACCAAAUGCAGACCCGGAGUGCGGAUGAACCUAUGACAACGUAUGUAACAUGUGUAAACUGCAAUAACCGUUGGAAGUUCUGUUAGGGAUUCUUGUAGGAGCCAUGGCCAUUUUAUUGCCAUUUUGGCGUCGUAAGUUAAGAGUCAUAAGACGUGCAAUUUGUAGCGUGGUUGUGCGAUUAGGGCAGUUGGACGAACGGGAACUAGUCGGACGAUUCCCAUUCGAGUAUUGUAGCAUGUAGAACUCUUUCUUCAAUCAUGUUUUCAUCUUCUAGGGUCGGUAGGCUUAAUUUAUUUGGGGAUGCUUUUAUUGAAUUGACUCUCUUCUUUUCUUUCA